UUUUUAAGAGUUUGGUUGGAAGCUUACGAUAUCUAACGUGCACAAGGCCCGACAUCCUACACGCAGUUGGAGUUGUGAGUCGAUACAUGGAGCAUCCAACAACAACUCAUUUCAAGGCAGCCAAGAGGAUCCUACGCUAUAUCAAAGGUACAAUCAACUUUGGCUUGUAUUACUCUAUUUCUGACGAUUACAAGCUUGUUGGAUAUAGCGAUAGCGAUUGGGGUGGAGAUGUAGAUGACCGGAAAAGCACAAGUGGCUUCGUGUUUUUCAUUGGAGAAACCGCUUUCACAUGGAUGUCAAAGAAGCAACCAAUUGUCACUCUUUCUACUUGUGAAGCGGAGUAUGUGGCAGCUACUUCAUGUGUUUGCCAUGCCAUUUGGUUACGAAACUUGCUAAAGGAGUUGAACCUACCACAAGAGGAGCCAACAAAGAUCUUUGUGGAUAACAGGUAGGCAAUAGCAUUGGCGAAGAAUCCAGUCUUCCAUGAUCGGAGUAAGCACAUCGAUACUCAUUAUCACUACAUUAGAGAAUGUGUUACCAAGAUGGAUGUGCAGUUAGAGUAUGUGAAGACAAAUGAUCAAGUAGCUGAUAUCUUCACCAAGCCACUCAAACGAGAAGACUUUAUCAAGAUGAGGAGUUUGCUAGGAGUAACCAAAUCAAGUUUAAGAGGGGGUGUUGAAAGUUAAACUUGAUUUGGAUCACAUUUUGGGCUAAUAAUUUACUAAUCAUUUUAGUCCAAACUUAGUCCAAUAUCUAGAAUCAUCUUCCACCUCCUUAGAAUAAAAAUCUAGAUAUUCUCAUAGAAUUAUCUAGAUAAUUAUAAUAAAAAAAUCUUAGAUAUUAUGGUAGAAUUCUCUAGAUUUAUGAUUAAAAUAUGUAAGAUAUUUUGUAUUUUGGAGGCUAUAAAUACCUCAACUCCCCUUUCAUUUUGCAUCACCAAGAAAUAAACAAAGCUUGUAACAAGUAAUAAAAUCUUCUUCUAAGUUAUAUAAUCUUUCUUCUUCACAAAACUUCUUUCUCUUCAAACACUUAAACACUUUCUCCAUCUUUAUAAAGUUUUUCAUUCCAACAUCUUUCCUGAUUGAAGACUUGACUAUUUCUAUAACAAAACAUUCAAUAAUUUUCAAAACAUGCAAGUAGGACUAUACAAUAAAUAUACUCGACAAGUUUGUAGCUGAACAUUUACAGCCACGGACGUUAAUAUGUUUAAAAAAAGAAAGAUGCGAGUUCUAUAAUAUUCUUCAAACCAAGUGUUACUUAGUAAAACAAAAAAUGUUUUACUUAUUUAAAUGAAUCAUAUAUACUUAUUCUUGGUACUUGAGUUGAACUUGUAUCUUGCCUUUAACCUUAUCCAUUCUAAUAAGCUAUCAUUUAAAAAUGUUUACUAGACUACCGAAACAACAUAUUAUUAUUCUACUCAAAUAAUACUCAACAUGUAUACUUUUAAAUAAAAAGAAAAAAAAAGAUUCUUUCAAAAAAAAAGAAAGAUGAACACAAUGUAAGAAAUAGCUAAUCAAACAAAAGUUCUAAAUUAUAUUUUAAAAUGGCAUUUUGUUCAAGCAUAAUAAAAUCGAAAAGCCAUAAAAUGAUGACAGUGAAAGGUUUUGUUAUGAACUCAGCUUCGGAUUAACAUAAGAAAAUUAUUAUAUGAUGUAUACUUCGAGUUAUCUGACUGAGUUUUUUUUUUUUUUAACUUUGAAUAAAACAACUUGUAUGUGUAUGUAUGUUUGUUGUCCAAAAAAAAGUAUGUGUAUGUAUGUUCUUGUAUAUUCUCUAUACCCUACCUAAAUUGUAAUCCACGCUGUUAAUGAUUCAUUAAACAAAAACUAAGGUCUAUGAGCCGUUAAAACUAUAGUCAACGGCUGUAUAGCUAACGGAGCCGUUCAGACAUCGUGAUCUCUCUUUCUCUCCUUCUCCUUGUCUUGCUAUAAAAAAAAAGGUGUUCUCCAUUUGCUUAUUUCACGGGAAAAAUCUUUUUAAAAAACAUUCUAUCUUCCCCACAAGUUCUUGGCGUCUCUGCUAACUUUCCUCCCGAUUGUUCUGCUCUUAAAUCAAGGACGAGAUAGCUAACCCUUCACGCUAUAAACACACCUCUUCCCCCGAUUUUUGUCCAGUUGUUUUUUGGAAAAAAAAAAAACUGAGAUAUGAGUGAACACAUGGUGGUAUAUGUCGAUCGACUGAGGCGGCCAGUUCUCGCGGGGCCGUCUAGCCUCACGGCGAAGGAGGAUAAUGCAGUUUAUGUCUACGAUGGAGAUACUUUUGCUACGGAGAUGUGGUCGGCAGAGUGUCGUAUUUGUCAGGAGGAAUCCGCUAUUAUGAAUCUCGAGAGCCCGUGUGCUUGCAAUGGCAGCCUCAAGUAUGCUCACAGAAAAUGUGUUCAACGUUGGUGCAAUGAAAAGGGAAACACUAUAUGCGAGAUUUGUCAUCAGUCAUACCAAGCUGGAUAUACCUCUCCUCCACCUCCACUCCGGUCUGAAGAAACUACUAUUGACAUUGGUGGAGGAUGGACAAUCUCAGGUUUGGAUUUAGAUGAUCCACACCUCCUGGCAAUAGCAGAAGCUGAACGUCAGAUUUUAGAGUCUGAGUAUGAUGAUCAUACAGCUCCUGAUACCAGUCUUGCUGCAUUUUUCCGCAUAUCUGCCCUAACUUUGAUGACUCUUCUAUUACGGUGCGCACUGACUAUACCAGAUUAUGCAGAUGGUGACACUUCUUCAAUACUUUCUCUUUUCUUACUCCGAGCUGCCACUUUUCUUCUUCCUUGCUACAUCAUGGCAUCAGCCAUUAGUAUCUUACAUCGGCGAAGGCAAAGACAGGAAGCAGCGGCUUUGGCAACCAGGUUUGCGUUGGUGCUCAGCUCACGUCAACCUAGAGCCAUGAUUAAUUACUUGUCCAUGGAGCCUUGAUUAACUUUUUGAUGGAAACUAUUGAAUUCAAACUUUGUUAGCUACAAGACAACCACAAGGGUUCUCUACAUGAAGGUCCUUCUGAAUCGGCUUUAUCACAAGUUAAAAGCUUAAAGAAGAAGUGUCCUAGCUUAAUGCAGAGCUUUUUUUCUUAAGUAAACGAAUCUAAUAAAGAUUCUGUGUACGUAGAGUUCAGAGUUUCGGAUUUUGUGCAAUGUACAAACU